GAGACACCUAAGUUUCCGGAAGCUGCUUUCAUGGAUAAGGAAGCGAUAUUUUUUGUUUAGGUUUAGUCUCGUCGGCGAACAAACUUUUUUCUUUCUUUCUGGGAGAUUGGUUUUGUUUCAUUUUCAAUUCGCUAGAAUGCCUUUUUUCGCCCCAAAUCCUUUUGACCAAGAUGUCGAGAAAGCAACCAAUGAAAACAACACAACAGAUGACUGGGCGCUUAUUCUGGACAUCUGUGAUAAGAUUGGAACGACAUCCAAUGGAGCAAAAGACAGCUUAAAAUCCAUAAUGAAGAGAGUCAACCACAAAGUGCCUCAUGUCGCCAUGCAAGCCCUCAAUUUGCUCGGCGCUUGUGUUUCAAACUGUGGCAAAAUAUUUCAUUUGGAAAUUUGCUCAAGAGAUUUUGCCAGUGAAGUGAGAUCUGUUUUAAGCAGAGCCCAUCCUAAAGUCUGCGAAAGGUUGAAGGCCCUGAUGGUAGAGUGGGCAGAGGACUUUCAGAAGGAUCCGCAGCUCAGCCUGAUUAGUGCUACUAUAAAGUCCCUCAAAGAAGAGGGUAUCACCUUCCCCACCGCGUCAUCACAGGGCUCCACCACAAAGGUCAGCACACCGGCUGUAAGCAAACCAUCAGACGAUGACGACCUUGCCAAAGCCAUCGAGCUGUCCCUGCAGGAGCAGAAGCAACAAGCAGAGACACGACCUCUAACCUCUGACCCACCGAGCUACUCUAAUGGUGGUGGAGGGCAGGAGGUCCGGAAGGUGCGAGCACUUUACGACUUCGAAGCAGCUGAAGAUAACGAAAUGACCUUCAAAGCUGGAGAACUCAUUAUCAUUUUGGAUGACAGUGAUCCAAACUGGUGGAAAGGAGAGAACCACAAGGGAGUUGGUCUUUUCCCAUCCAACUUUGUUUCAACGAAUCUGAAUGCGGAGCCAGAGCCAGUUGCUUUUGUUGAAAAUACAGUCAUUCCCGAGGAAACAAAUCAUGAUGUCAAAGUAGAGCCGGAGCCUGUUUAUAUUGAUGAGUUGAAGAUGGACAGAACCCUGGCACUGCUACGGAAUGCAGAUCCUGCUGAUCCGACUCCUGACUCCGCAGAGCUGCUCCAGCUGGAAGCUUCAUGUGAACAGAUGAACCCACUGAUUGAUGAGAAGCUUCAAGGGAUUGACAGGAGUCACUCAGAGUUGUCAGAACUGAAUGUGAAAGUUCUGGAGGCUCUGGAACUUUACAACAAACUCAUGAACGAAGCUCCUUUCUAUUCAACCUACCCCAAGAUGCAGGCGCAGUAUGCUUCAGCUGGCUCUUCUAUGUCCAUGCAGGGUUACAUUGGACCACCUAGUGCCCCCUACAUGACUACAGGAAUGCAGCAGGCCCCUCCUGCACAACCCUACAGUGACCAGCCUGGACCUCUACAGUCCUUGCCCCCCAACAUCUCAGCUGCUCAGCCCAUGUACAUGAGUGGGAUGAACUCUCAGUACAUGAACCAAGCUCCUUACGCACACCAUGCAGGCGUGGCCAUGGAUAUGUCGGCCUAUCCAAACUCUAACAUGCCUCCAGUCAACCAUCCUGUAGUCGGGCCUCCUCACCAGGUCCCCCAGCAGCAGCAGGCGACGUAUUAUCAGCAACCCCUGCUGUAAACCUCUGACCGCCAUUCUCCCUGCAUCUUUAUCUAUACCAGCUAGUGGUUUUGGUUUUGAGAGCUUGUAUGACAUUGUCGGAUGAUUCCCUUUGGCCUUAUUUCUCUGUCAAACUGGACAAACCACAAUGCUGAACUUUUAUCAUCCACGUUUGUCUGUAACACUAUAGUCUGCUGUGCCACUGUGUGCACAGGGCUUAAACCUGAUUCCAGGUGUUUCCUUCUGUCCUUCAAAUGAGAAAAGUUGGUUUUCAUGGAUCAGCAAGUAUGUGGACUAAGCAUUGAUUUUUGAAAUUUAGAUUCAUUUACAGUUGAAUUGAUGUGGUAUUUCUAAAUUUCUUUUAAAAGAAUUCCGCAUUUGAAUUACUCGUAUCUUUUUUGUUGUCAUGUUCUUCCCAAUGAUCAUUAAGAUGACAUCAGCUUUUAGUCUUUGUUGUUCUGAGCUUUGAACACUGGACACAAACCAAACACAUGGCAUCACUAGAUAGUCGUUUAAGUCCUGCAGGACAUAAGCCAUUCACACCUGAACUGUCUUCUAUCAGAUGUUCAAAGGUACAACUAGCUUGAAUGAAAUCCAGAGCAAACAGCCCUGAUGGGGAUCAGUCGAUACCAAGAUUUAUUUUAAAAAAAACAUUUUUUUUUGUGCACAUUGAUGGGUCAGAUUCCCCUUAUUUCUCAUGAAUCAUUGUGAUCUCCACCUUUUCUGACUUGAUUCUCCUUCUAAACUCCAUCUGGAAAAGGGGAAAACAAAGUAAAAUCACAUUGCUCUUACCUUCCAAUGACCUUAAUUGCUCCCUUUUUUUUUUUUUUUUUUUUUUGUACCUCAACCAUCACUGCAAAUACUCUGUGCAUUGUGUGGUGCUGAGAUACUGUAUGAAUGUGCAAGAGUUAUACUGGUGUAAUAGGCUCAGAAAUAGGCGUCCAUCACUCACUGCUUUACAUGUUGUAGUUUUAUUUCAGAUAUUUAAGUCAAGUGUGUCAGAGCGUGUGCGGUAUGCGUUUGUGUUUCUUCCAUAUUUGUGUGUUAGACCUUCCCAUCUUAGUUUCUUUGAUAAAGUAACGGGUUGUGUACAUUUUAGGGUAAAUGAUUAUCAGUCUUUGUGUGUGUGGGUGUGUGUGUGUGCGUGUGUGAGGCUGACAAAAUGCUGCAUCUUCAAACGGUUAAAGCAUCUGAAUUCUUUGUGUGGAAACUCUUCUAGCCGGUGGAAGCUGGUAAAUUCCACAUUUGUUUAAAGAUGCAAAGUUUCACAGAUUUAGUUCCAAUUUUGAUUUAUAAUCUAUGUAUUUAAAGAAAGAGAUCUAUAUACAUGCAUAAUUUUCAAAACUGCGUCUUUAUUAUUGUUCUUUUUUGGUAAAAUGUAAACAAAAAUGUUUAGAAACAUGUUGAAGACACAGAAAACGAGCUGUUUUGUAAGAUGGGAUAUUAAAACAGGAUUGGUGUAGCUCACCCAUUUAUCAUUUUAACCAGAUUUGUUUAUAUAUUUGCAUUUAUCAUUCUAAUUAAGUACGUUGUAUAUUAGAUGUAAAAUACUUGGAUUUAUUAUUGAUUAAAGUUGCAACUUGGCUUUGGUCACAGCUACUUGCCAUUGAAUGCCUUGUUUUUGUUUUUUUUGGUUGUCAAUAGAAAUGCAAUAACAUAGAUGCGACUUCGGCAAGCAA